UAGAAUAAUUAUAUGUGAGGAAACUAACUUUGUUUUCUAAUAUAACCGGAUGAGAGGUUUGCUUAUCAUUGUUAAUUUUUUUUUCUUUAGUCUACAACAGAGGUACAAGGCUAAAGGCAAAAGUUAAUGAACGCUACUAAUUAGAUCAGAGAAGAAUAAAGUAUUCUUUUUUCUAUGAAAGAAAUAUAAUAACUUUGGGAAGUUUCACUAAAUGAAUUCUUCAGAAAGUGUAACAAUUUUAAUUUAAUAGGAUACCAUAUAAAAGGGCAAAAUACUUCAUUAAAAAGAAACAUUAUUAGCUGUCUAGAUAUUCUUCAGUCGUCAUGAACAAUUCUACGCUUAAUGAAAAAGAUAAUGUAUAUCAACAUCCCAUGCCAUUAAUUUUACGCGCUUUUCUUACGAGUUUAGUAGCCGUUCUAUUGGUUGUUUGCAACAUUUUUAGUAUGAACGUUUUGGCAAUGACCAAACAAAUUCCAAAAAUUUCCAGAAUGUGUCUUAUUAACUUGGCAUUUGCUGAUUGUAUGCUGGGUCUUAUUUCGUGCGCACCUUCAGUACCGUCAUCUGUAACUGGAACUUGGUUAUUUGGAGAAGUGUUUUGUCAAAUUUCUGGAAUGAACUUAUGCGCAAACGCUACAGUAUCAAUUUGGAGCGUCUUAUUAGUAUCAAUAGAUCGCUAUUUCGCUAUUUUACACCCAAUGAAAUACAGAGAUAUAAUUACUGAAAAACGUUUACGAAUUACAAUCGGCUUUAUGUGGCUGGGAGCUUACGGUUUAUUCGUUUUACCAGUUCUCCUUAGUAAGAGAUUUAUUUAUUAUAUAUACUCACCAAAGGAAAUUGUAUGUGGAGAUUUUUGGCAAUUUGCUUGGUUCGGUAUUAUGGCUGUCGUAUCUGUUCCUGUUCUAACAUCAAUUGGACUUUUAUAUUGUACGAUUAGCAUUGUUCUUCAUUUGAGAGCACAUAAAAAUCAAAUAAGCGAUGGUUCAAAAGCAUCGGAUGGAGCUUCUAAAAGAAAUAUCAAAGCUAUCAAAUUGUUAGUCAUAACAGCAUCAGCCUAUUAUUUAGCUUGGAUGCCAUAUGCAAUUCAUUUAUUUAUUGUCUUAAUACCAAAGGAUCCUCCUUUCGUCCACCCUGUGCUCAAAUUUUGUCUUUUAUGGACUGGAAUGUCAAACAGUUUUACAAAUGUGUUAAUUUACUUGUCAGUUUACGCUGCCUUCAGACAUAAUGGACUAAUCCUUAUAAAUAAAGUAACAUGUAAAUUAUGCCUUGGCAAAAUUAUUGAAAAAAGCCAUCAAAGUACUCUGAAUUCAACAGCAACAGGAUAAACGAAAUUUCAUCAAUCAAUCAAAGACUUCUUGUAUAGUUUUAUCUUAUCCAUAUGAAAUUAGAAUCAUCUUUAUUCAAGUAACAUUUUAUUUAUUUAAAAAACAACAUAAAAUAAAUCAUUUCUUUCUCUCUCUCUCUCUC